UCUUCUGCGAAGAAAAGCAAAAGAAGGACUAAGACUGGUUUAAAAAUGAAUGCGAAGAUGCUAAUAGAACAGACUAGAACACACUUAACGCUAUUCUAUGCAGUGCACGUAAUGCUUGUGGAAGUGCGGUGCUCUGAAGAUCCGAAUUUUAUGGAGCAGGUGAUGCCGGAAGUUUGCAAAGCCAGCAACAACUUCACCGAACGGAUCUGGCAUCUGGCAUGUAUCGAACAUCUUAUGGGGUAUCACUUCCACCUGUCAUUCUCUACCGAGUUAAGGACCAUGCGAGCCGAGACAGAAUGUUAGAAAACGCCGCAGACACGUGCUUCAAGGUAGUUCAGAAUCUCACCGGCUGGCCCGAAAUGAUAGACAUUGUUUGUGCCGGAGACGAGAAUCGCGGAUCGUCUUCCAUCAAAAGCUGUUUCUCAAAAAGCAUAUCGGAGUACCUUAUGUUCGAUGCCAGAGACGUGGACAAAAUUACUCGGGAGUGCAGAAAUAAAUCACCACCAGAAGAUUCAACUGUUAUUGUGGAGUGACAACACGCAAGGCCGUAUAGAGCGUAGUCGACCGUUUAUUUUUCCUGUGACUUUUCGAUGAUUGCAAAAUAAUAAACAUUUAAGUAUGGUGACAAUGUUAAUCUAGAGUUUCGUAUUUUGACUUUAGUCUAUGCAUCAACGGUAGAUUGUACAAUGAUAAUUAUUAAGAGGGAUGUAGCACACUAACCGGAUUCAAAGCAUGUUUACGUUGCCCCCGCAUAGAGGGUACUUUAUAACGUUAAAGAAAUUCUUCACUCACGUUGCCAAACGCUCCUAACUCGUAUGAACCUCUUCGCUAUAGCACUUGCGGUAGCUAGUACUGAAUAUGGAUCUAUUUUCAGAAAACUUAGGAAUCUGUCAGACGCACAUUACUUCCUUGAUCUUUUAGUUU